AUGGGUGACGAUGAUGCUGAGAAUUGGUAUCGCUUCACUGCUGCCAUCAGCAAGAAGCCACAGGCUUCCCUGGGCCUCGAUGUCACCUACAGGUCGUGGAGUAAGGACGGCGUCUUUGUCGCAAACGUCUUCGAGGGCGGCCUGGUGGCUGCCUGGAACGAGAAGCAGGAGAUGCCGAACCGGAUCUGCGUAGGGGACUUCAUCUUUCAGGUGAACCAUGUGUCCAGCAAUCCCGUCGCCAUGAUCGAGGAGCUGAAGGAGAAGACUCACUUGGACAUCUGUUUGAAGCGGAGGAAAGGAGCCGAGCCUGCUUUGCCACCGCAUCAGGCACCGCGACCAGCUUCCAACCAGGAGACUGCAGAUGCGACGGAGGGAAGCCAGGGUGCAGAGAGGCCCCCGAGGACGCCCCUUGAGGACAUCCUGGAUCAGCUGGAAAGUCUCGAGGACGAGGCCUUGGCAGGCCUCAUCUGCAUCGCCUUGGAGCGGCGACCCUUUCUGAUCCCUCGGGUACUCCCCGCAGAUGGCCAGGAGCCAGCCGAGAGAUGA